GGUAAAGCUACUUACCGUCACCUUUGUUUUUAUGUUUAUUGUUUUGUGGUUUACAUUCCCUUGUGUGUGGUGAUAGCUAAGAAAAAGACACACAGAUAAAGUCUUGAUUUUGAAAGUUUCACGACUUUGUUUCCCUGUGUUUUGGAAAAAGUGUUGCUAGGUGGAUCUUAAGCUUGCAGUGAAUUCCAGUGCAGAACAUUAGUCACGCUGAUUGCACUAGUACAAGUAAACCAGUGAGCUCUGUGAGGGACAAUUUCUAACUUCUUGUGUGGGACAACAUAUAGUAGCUUUAAAGGAAAUUGAAGCACGCUCAAAUUGAAUUUCAGUAGCCCCAUUCUGUGAUCAAAAUGAAGAAGCUGGAUGCAAGUGGCGAAAGCAAUGCUGAGACUUCGUCACUCUUCUCCUGCCGUAGUGAUAAAAGCAAUGCUGAGAUCUCAUCACUUUUCUCCUGCCGUAGUGAUAAACUCGAUGCGGAGAGCUCGUCAUUCUUCUCCCACCAUAGUAAGUCCUCAAGAUCUGAAACGAAGCAAAGUAAUAGGUCUUCUGCUGAAUCUUUAAGUAGAUCAUCCGCCUCUUCCAGAGCUAGGAUUCAGGCAGCACUCGCUAAAGCUGUGGCUGAAGCCACAAGAGCCAGGUUAGCCUAUGCUGAGGAAGAAAUAAGUAUUAAAACAGAAAAAGCACGAUUAGAAGCAAGUCUCGAUGUUCUCCACCAGAGAAAAGAAGCUGAUGCAGCUAGCGCCAAAGCAGAUGUGAUGGAGUCUGUUGCAGCAAUGUUUGGGAUGGAAGAACAAAAUGAAAAAGUAUUGGGAUUCCUCCCUACUCAGACCAACCCAGAGCAAAAAGUGAGUGAAUAUAUAAACAAACGUCAUGAAGCUGAACCCCCUCAUACAACUCCAAGUAAUUACUUUCCCAAACAUUAUAUACAACCUUACCAAAUGGAACAGCCCAGCCCUCAGUUACCAGUGUUCACACCCAUUCAUGUCCAACAAGAACCCAGACAGCACCACCAAUUGCCACAAGAGAGAGGGACGCAACCUCAUAUAAGUGGAACCCAGCAAAAUGCUUUCCAUAGUGUACCAGAAGUACAGCAGAGGUUGAACUCAAACCACUACAGUGUUGAUGGUGUAACCAGUGACCUUGGCAGACUCCUAGCAAAGAUUCAGCUACUAUGCGGGGGGCUGACUAAAUUUGAUGACAAAGCAGAGAAUUAUCCUAGUUGGAAGCUUACAUUCCAGUCCACCAUCACUGAUGUUGGACUUACGGCAAAUGAAGAAAUAAACCUCCUCAUCAAGUGGCUGGGCCCUAAAUCUUCCCAAUAUGCUGUGAGGAUAAAAGCAGCCCAUAUAAGGGACCCUUCUGUUGGCCUGGAGAGGAUAUGGACCAGACUUGAAGAAGUAUAUGGUUUACCAGAGGCUAUUGAAAGUUCCUUGUUUUCCCGAAUAGAGAAACUUCCAAAGCUAUCCCGCCAAGACACUCACAGGCUCCAGGAGCUUGCCGACCUCAUCGGUGACUUGGAAGUGGCAAAGCAGGAUGGCCACUUACCUGGUUUAAGUUAUCUUGACACAGCCUGGGGAGUAAGUAAAAUUGUGGAAAAGCUUCCCUUCUAUCUUCAAGAAAAAUGGAUAAUGGCUGGGUCAAAAUAUAAAGAGGAUCAUGGUGUAACAUUCCCACCAUUUUCCUUCUUCUGUGAGUUUGUGAGAGGCCACGCCAGAGCGAGGAAUGACCCAAGCUUCAACAGUUCAUCUUUCCGCAGCCAAUUUUGCCAUACGCAGAAAAGAAAAGCACGCAAGUAAGAUCAGACUGGGUUCCAUGUGUAUGUUACUUGCUUAGUUAUCUUUAACUAGUUUAUUCCUUGCCAAAUGUCUGUCUGUGGUUUCACAACUAAGUGUAAGACAGUAAAUGCUGCCAACUAUAACAACUGCCUGUUACUUGGAGGAGGUGCUUGAAGAAGAGUUUAGAUGGCUGUAGAUUCCAACAUCAUUUAACAAUGUUAACUUUGUUAAUUUUUUUUUUUUCUUUUUAACUUAUAGACUGCCAUUGACAACAAUAAAUGUCAAAUUCAUUUCAACGGGGAGGACUGGCUGUGAUUGCUCAUCUUUUGGUGCCUUUAUAGGUGCUACAUAGAGGUCAAGAGUUUCAACCCUUUCAAGGGAUCCAAAGAUAGAAAGACUAAAGUGCGUAUGACACCAAAAAGCAUGUGUAACAUUGUGAGUAACUGCUUAGAAAUGUUAUUUUAUUUUUCACAGCACAAAAUGAUCCAUCUACAAUAACCCAUUACAUAACCACAUUAAGCCAAAGAAAUACAAACACAUUGAAACAAUAUUUGAAUUCCGGCGAGAGAAAAAAAAGACAAAUGAAGCAUUAUUCUUCCAAAGAGCAUGAGUGCCUUCUAGUGGAGAAAAAAGUUUCUAGUUUGAAUCGUGAAUAGUUCCCUCAACGUCACUAUUAUGAAAUUAAAAGGCUCAUAUCUCCAGUUUCCUGUGGUCAAUCAGUGCCAAAUGAAGACUGGGAGAGAGGUUAAAGUCUGCGCUUUCAAGUCAUGUUGAGGGCAGCGCUCUAUGUCAAAUACUUCAUUUUUUACUGACUUCAUUUUUUACUGUGCUUUGAAGACGCCAUGUGAUUGAACAGACUGGCGUGAUCAUAGAACAGCAAGCUUGCGUCUCAUUGAUAAUGGAGGCAUGUGAAUAUUGUUGCGACGUCUCAUAGGUGAAAUGUGUAGAGCUACUCUUGCCAUCGCUGGCAAAAAAAUAUGAAGAAUAAACCCAAAUUAGCCCAAAGUAUCAUAGUAAGAGUAACGUUUUUUCUUUACAAAUCUACUCUACAAAACUACUCUUAGAAGUACAUUUUUCUCAAAAAAUACUCAAGUGUCGCAUGGUUUCAACUGGAAAUAAAACUGGUUAAUGAUAGCGCCAACAUAUUUAUUGUUAGUGUAGGCAUUCAAUGUAUUUCUUGUUGUUGUUUGUACUUCUUCUCUCUCUCCUCCUUUUCUUCUGUCCCCCCCUAAUUCCUUCCUGUUCCCUGCUUUCUACUAAUAAACGAAGCAUCUUGAAUGAUCACAAUUGGAAUAUGUCAUCCUCCCAUGUGAUACAUUAAAACUGUGCAGACCAAUCGGACAAUCAGAUUUCCAUUCUCCGUGUGAAGCAGCUGAACAGGACAAAUUAAAAAAUAAAAAAUAAAAAAAAGUUACCCAAGUAAAUGUAACGGAGUACAUGUAACGUGUUACUACCCACCUCUGGGUAAAGUGAGGCGAAUGAUAUGGGGUAAAGUGAGAUGUCUCACGUCACUCCUUCAUGUCAGCAGUGACAUGACACGGCCAAACAAGCAUUUGCACCAUCCAUGGUGUCAGACAGACCAAACCCUGAGCUGCAGCCUGCCACUACAGAAGGUCUGGAUGGACCACACAGGCAGAUAAUCCAUCUGCAGAUGAGCUACUCUCUUCAGACAAUUCAGUGAGUGAUACUAAUCCAUCCACUGCACAUGGUCCACUUGCAUAAGUAUGGACAGCUGACUCAGAUGUGAAAUAGGAUUCUAGUCAGAAGUUGGCUGGGAAACGGCAAAGUUCCAAAGAAAAGACCAACCCAAUAAAGAAAGCAACCGAAAAGAAAAUUGUAGUUAGCAGCUCAGAGGAGAUUUAUGUCCUUAUCCCACUGUUUUGAUGAAGACAGUUCUGAAGAUGAAAGAAAUGAUCCAGGAAACGUUGAUCUGGCCAUGGGUAAUUUUGUCAUAUUUUGUUAUGAUGUAUGAUGAUAUAUUCUAUUAUGGUGUAGUUAAUCUUUAGUUGCGUUCAGGUGUUUUAAAAAGUAUAAAAGAUAAAGCCUCAACUAAUAGCCUUCCGUACAGUCUGCAAAGUCGAAAUAAGAUUUAAGGGGAGAAAAUGUAUUUAAACUUAACUAUGCUAAAACACUAAAAUCAUUUUCGAUACACUACACUAGUGUACAGCUUUGGAACAAAUUAGAUCCUGGAGUGACCAGCUCAGGGUCAUUGGCUUUUUUUAAGAAGAGGUAUAAACAAAUUGUAUUAAACAAUUAUGUUGCUGACUCAAUCCAACUCUUGGUCACGAUAACGACUGUACAAAAGGAAAAUUACUCAAACCUGCAAACAAACUAAGUGUACCCAAAACAAAGGAGGGUAAAAAAACAAAAACAAAAUACAAAGCUAAUGCAAACAGAACUCAACCAGACAUCACAAGGACGGAUACUCAUUUGGCUCUGUAAGUGUACAGACAAUUGACUUUUACUAGUAUUUUGUGACCUUCUGAAAAGACAGUCAUUUCUGCACAUGCGAUCUGAACCUGGACAAUGCGCCUGCCCGGGAAACACUUUCAAGUCUUGAUAUAUGAAAGAUAGCUGGGGAAAAUGGCGGCCGCUGUGUCUGACCACACUCGAAGUUGAAGACAUCGAGGAUGUGUAUCUUUUUGUUGUGCUGCUGCCUGCGAUUCUUCUGCAGGAGCUUGGAGCCCACUUGAUUCGUCGGUUUCCAACACUUUCAUCAUGAAAGUGUUAGAAAGCCAAAAGAGAUCAGUGGAAUUGGCCACUCCUGCGGCCAGCGCUAUCGCCGGAGUGCACGCCAGCCUCAACAAGGCCUGUGAUGAUUUAUUACAGGUGAAGAAUGAUCUACCGGCAUCCAGCACUGCCACAACUAAAAUGGUAAUGAAAAUUACUACGGAGCUGCGAAACCCGGAGGUGAAUUUUCGUCGGAAUUCAGCAAGGAAUGAAAACCGUGACAAGGAUUAAAUCGACGAAAUGGGGUGGCUGAACUGAAUUGAACUGAAUUAACUAACCUCUGAAUUAUGAACUAAUCUGCUGGAUUUAAUCAACAUAAGGACUAUUGGGAAAAUGAACAAUCAAAGGGAGGCUAAAAAAAAACAACAACUAAAAAAACCUUGUAAUCACUACACAAUCUGAAAUGUCAAAAAUUGUUGUUCGAUAAUUUCCGCAUCCUAUGGUAUACUGGCGGCGGGAUUCAAUAAGAUUCGGCUUCUCCCGUCUGCCUUUUUCUUUUCGGGUUGAAUUAAAUGUAAACACAUAUAAAUGCUUAUGUUUGUUUGGAUUUGUCAUGCCUGAAAGGAAAAUAAAGAAAGAAAGAAAAUCCCGAGGAUGCUCUUACUUUUCUGGCAUGCAUUCUGAAUUAUUGUCAAGCUACCUGUUAGGAUUCUAACUUUCACAACAUUUGCUAUUAUGAUUUGUGAUAUAAAGAUGUAAAAUUAACUGAAUCAGUUUACCCCUCAUUGGUUUACUUUACCCCUUUAAUUUUCCUGAUCUGUAUCAGUUUGCAC